UGCGCUAUGACGCCAACCAAUAACAACCUUUCUCUCCAGUGUAAACGGAAGGAAGCAAUGACCAAGAACAAUUUCCACGUUAGCGUUUUUAUCGUUGUUACUUUGACGUUUAUUAACACCAAGUGAAUUCAAAAUAUGUCUAAUUUAACUGCACAGCAUCACAUAUUUACCCCAUGUAGUCUUUAACUCGCGUUGGAGACAGGACUUGGUUGAUUGACGUUAUCUAGGUAACGCUAGCUAGCUGCUAACUGUAACUAACAAUGGCUAACUGUAUGGUUUUUCACACUCAAAUAGCCUCCAUCAUGGAGGUACUAGCGAAUUCAGCCGUGGCAGAGAUCAGUAAACUCGUAGACGACGACUAUGCAGUGUUUCGUUUGGAAAUAACUCAAAGCCAGAAAGAAAACAGAGCAUUGAGGAGGAAACUACAGCUACUCGAACUGAAGGUAGCACGGGACCGCGCGGAGAGGACAAUGCGAGAGCGAUACAGAGGAAUGGCAAGAGGUGAAGGACAUCUCACUGGAGGCCAGAGGAACGUUGUAAAGCCAGCGGGACACAACGCGUGGAGAGAUGACCAACCCAUAGCUAUAGAUGAGGGGAAUGGAACCUCAACCCAGCAUGUUAUCGUGAUAGAGUCUGUAGAUGCAGAGGUUGCAGGUCCUGGGGUCAAGCUGGAGAGGUCUGAAGGAGAGGAGGACCCCACCACCGCCCCAGCGCCGCCCAGGACCCGACGCAGCAUCACGGAGGAGGAGGGUCCAGAGGUGCUGCUGGUAAAGGAGGAGGGGUGUGAGGAGGGUCUGGGGAACCCUGAGGAGACAAUGGUCAUGGAGAACAACCAGACUACACCUCCUCCUGAACCUACAGAGGAACCAGCUGAACAGCACAGGACCACACACAGUCUCACUGAGGUGGUUGGCUGGAGGCUAACAGAUGAGGGGACGUCGUCACUGAGCAGGCCAGCACCAGAAACAGACAGUGGAACACAAAACAACAUCCGAACUUAGUCUCCAUGACAACAGACUGGCUGAGACCAGGGGUAGGUGUAGAUUUGGUCCGCGGGGACGGGGUAUGUGGCGGGAGAGAACAACAGACACAGAUUCGGCUAGCAAUGCUCUGUCCUGCUCCUAUAGUUGGGAUUCAGAGAGACUGACGGCGCCUCAGGUUAACCCCCUAACAGGUACUGCCUUCAGCCUGCCUUCUAUAGGAUCUAUCAACUGGAACAUGGACCCUGCCACAACAAACUCCCUGGCCUUCGUCCUCCUCACAUUCUCUUUAUGUUAAACUAGACCUCAGACAGUGACAGUGUCAACACUAAAUGUCAACACAAGCCCAUUGUCAAAUGAGAGUAGUAGAGAUGGAAUCAGUGGCAGUGCUUGUUCUGGGGGAAAGCCUUCAGUUUCCCCAAAAAGGUGGAGAUCCACCAGAGAGUGCACACAGGGGUGAAAUCCUAAAGCUGUACCCAGGGUCACAUGUGCUUUGCCCAGUCUGGGCACCUGAAGAGGCACCACAGGGUCCACAAAGAGGUUCUCCCACCAGCACCAGCUGAAGAUGCACCUGAAGGUCCAAAUGGGAGAGAGGCCGUUCGCCUGUACGGCAAGAGGUUCUCAGAGAGGAGCUACCUCAGGAUACACCAGCAGAAAAAUGCACAAAGUCCAUGUAUAGAGUGUAGUGAUAUGUAAUGUAGGACUAGUUAGUUUGUAGUUAAGUCUGUUAGUUUUAGAUGUUCUAGGGAACUGGAUGAGGUGAACUGAGGAAAGAAUGAGUAUGUUGAGGCAGAGUAGAUGAUAUCGUGAUGGUUGGUGUGAUGGCGUCUGUGAAAAUGCUUAAUUGAUGGGUCCAACCUUAACCUGACUGCAUGUCCCUUUAGGUUGAUGCUGAUGUUUUAUAAUGAGGAAAUGAUAGUGCCUUAAUUAAUGUUUCCUUGGCAUGAAGUAGUGAAGCUGUGUGUAAUUUAAUGUUAAACCUUAAAUUCAUUUUAUCAAAGUGAUGGUACCAGAUUGACAGAAAAAGUGUUACCAUAGUGAGAAAUGUUAUUCUACUUGUCACAUCAUUUUGUGCAAUAAAUGUCAUUGUAAUGCCAUUUUGUUUUAAUUAAAUACGAGAUUGACUCUG